AUGUCUCUGCCUCAUAUCUCGCUUUUUCCCCGCCAAAUGAGAUGGUGAUAACAUUCUCCUUAAGCCUCCAUUUUACUCCCAAAAAUGACCUAAAAAAGGAUUGGAAUUCAAUAAUCAAACACCAAACCAAGCUGAAAAAUGAUAAUGCAAUUCUCUCUACAUUUACCCAAAUGGAAUCUCUGGGUUUAACACCCAAUAAGGCCACUUUGCCUUUGGUUUUGAAGGCCUGCACAAAGUUGAACGCCAUUGAAACCGGUAAGAGAAUACACUUGAGUAUUCAAAACACCAACUUGAUUGAAGAUGUUCGAGUUGGGACUGCUAUUAUUGACUUUUAUUGUAAGUGUAGUUUUCUCGAAGAGGCGCGUAAGCUGUUUGAUGAAAUCGGUGAAAGGGAUUUGGUCUUGUGGAACGCAAUGAUAUCGGGGUAUGCAGGGUGUGGAGAAUUUGAGGAAGUGUUUUUUCUGGUGAUGAGAAUGCAAAGAGAGGGUUUUAGGCCAAAUUCACGUACGUUGGUAGCGAUGCUUUCAGUGUGUGAGGAGGUUGCAGAAGUGAGGUUAGGAAAGGUGAUUCAUGGUUAUUGUUUGAGGAAUGGGUUAUUUGAUUUGUACCCCCAUGUUGGUACUGCUUUGAUUGGGUUUUAUUUGAGUUUUGAUGUGAGAGCUUCGCAUCUUGUGUUUAAUUUUAUGGCCAUUCGGAAUACCGUUAGCUGGAAUGCUAUGAUUAUGGGGUAUUUUGGUGUUGGAGAAUCCUUGAAAGCUUUGAAACUUUUUGAGAAAAUGCUUAUGGGUGGAGUUGAAUUUGAUUCUGUUACAAUGUUGGCUCUUAUUCAGGCCUCUGCAGAAUUUGGAUCUCUUAAAUUAGGUAAUCAAAUUCAUCAAAUGGCUAUAAAGUUUAGUUAUAGCAAUGACUUGUUCAUUAUAAAUGCAUUGAUUAAUAUGUAUGCGGAGAUUGGAAGUUUGAAGUCAGCAUGUAAAUUAUUUGAUGUUACCCCCACACGUGAUGUUGCUAUUUGGAAUUCUAUGAUAUCUGCAUAUGUUGACUACAGCCAUAAUGAAGAAGCCUGUGGUUUGUUUAUUAAAAUGCGAACUGAAGGCAACAAAGAAGAUGAAAGAACUAUUGUUAUUAUGUUUUCUUUAUGUGCAGAAUCAGCUGAUGGUUUGAAAAUGGGUAAAAGUUUACAUGCUUAUGCAAGCAAGAGUGAGAUGGGGAUGGAUAUUAAUCUAGGGAAUGCUAUGUUAAAUAUGUAUGCUGAACGAACUUGUAUAGAUUCUGUCAAAAAUGUUUUUAGGGAGAUGAGUAAUGUUGAUGUAAUCUCAUUUAACACAUUGAUCUUAGCUCUGGCCCAUAACAGUUUGGGAAGUGAAGCAUGGGAAGUCUUUGGUAUGAUGCGAGAAUCUGAUGUUAAGCCUAACUCUUACACAAUUAUAUCAAUCCUUGCUGCUGUAUGCAAUGAUGAAACUUGUCUAAAUAUUGGGAGAUCAAUUCAUGGUUUUGUGAUAAAGCAGGGGAUAGAAGUAAAUGUACCCUUGAACACUGCACUAACUGAUAUGUAUAUUAACUGUGGUGAUGAGGAAAUGGCUAGGAAUCUUUUUGAGAGUUGUCCCAGUAGAGAUUUGAUCUCAUGGAAUGCUUUGAUUGCUGCCUAUGUUAAAAACAACAAGGCUCAUGAUGCUUUUUUAAUUUUUAGCCGCAUGAUUUCAGAAGUGGAGCCCAACUCAGUUACAAUAAUAAAUAUUCUCUCAUCAUGCACCCAUCUUGCUCAUCUGCCUCUCGGUCAAUGCUUGCAUGCUUAUAUGAUACGGCGGGAAUCCUCUUUAGGUCACAAUUUGUCUCUUGAAAAUGCUUUUAUAACAAUGUAUGCAAGAUGUGGAAGCAUGCAAUAUGCUGAAAAAAUCUUCAAAAACUUACCAAGGAGAACUAUUAUAUCAUGGAAUGCCAUCAUAACUGGUUAUGGAAUGCAUGGCCGUGGUUAUGAUGCUAUUUUUGCCUUCUCUCAAAUGCUAAAGGAUGGUUUCCAACCAAAUGAAGUAACUUUCAUAUCUGUUCUAUCAGCUUGCAGCCAUUCUGGUAUGAUGGAGGAAGGACUGCAGCUGUUUGAUUCCAUGGUUCAGUAUUUUAAGAUCACCCCUCAGCUUGCUCACUAUGGAUGUGUCGUCGAUUUGCUUGGUCGUGCAGGCAGCUUAGACAAAGCUAGAGAGUUGAUUGAAUCAAUGCCCAUCAAACCAGAUGCUUCAGUCUGGAGAGCUUUGCUUAGUGCUUAUAGAGAUCAUUGUUACACUAAAGAAGCUAAGGAUAUUUUUGAAAAAAUUGUUGAAUUGGAGCCUAUGAACCCAGGGAAUUAUGUCUUGCUUUGUAAUGUAUAUGCUGCAGCAGGUCUCUGGUCAGAGGUCAGACAAAUCAGAACAUGUUUCAGAGAGAAGGGCUUAAGAAAGCCUCCUGGAAUCAGUUGGAUUGUUGUUGGAAGCCAGAUUCACUCUUUUGCUGCUGGAGAUAGAUUGCACCCAAUGGCUGACAAAAUCUAUGCAAAUUUGAAUUCAUUGUUGCAGUCAAUGAAAGAAAUAGGAUAUGCUUCUGAUCUUCAUUGGAUAUUGCAUGUUGAUGAGGAGUAUAUUUAAAGUCCAGGGCAGUUCAUGAGUAGAGUAGCAAAUUUUGGCCUUCAAAGUGACUUUCUGAGGGGUGCAUCAAUCAUCAUCUGAUAGAUGAAACAUGGCAUUGCUCAUGAGCUAAAAUCCUUUUGGUUGCAGAAAAUUUUAGGGGAUGAUGAUCUGAGUCCCUGCUUAUGUGUAGAUAUCAUUGAAAGCUUGACUAGCACUGAGAAAAAGUUAUUGACCCAUUACUUCUAAUAUCAGUUAUUCUCCUAUCAAAUGAAGCAAAAUUCUUUCCGAGUCUAUGAAGUCUAUGAGUUCUUGGAUGGAUAUUGGCAGAAAGAGGUCAUAUAUACAGCUCAGCAUGGUAUUUUAAUUUCAUCAAUGCUUCCAUCAUAUGAAGGAAAAACUACAGGAUUAUGGAGCCUAAAAUUUUGGGAAAAUUUUUACACAUCAACGAUGGAUAUUUGCAGAAAUCAGUCACACAUUAAUCCAGGAGGGUGCAAUGAUUUUGCAAUGGUAAGUACAUCAAACUGUUUAUGUGAUCCUUUAUCUCCACAUUAUCGAAAUAUCCACUGACUAAUGCAAGACCUUAAUCUCUUACGUCAGUCUUACGUAAUUUUUUGUAAUUACUUCACUAGCUGAUUAGGAACAUCAUAAAUACUGUGAACUUGCUUAUUCAUUGUAUAUUUUUUUUUAUUCCUGAGUUCUUCCUAUUCUGCCUAUUUGUUUCUGAAACUCUAUUUUCUAUCCAGCUGCACUUGCUUUAACCAGAUUAUUACUCCGAAUGUUCCCUUGAAUUGCAAAUAAUUCUUGAUACUGAACAACUUUCUGAACCCAUUCUGCAUUUUCUGUAGUUUUGCGCAUACUUGUUUCAAAUGCCUGUGCAUCCGAAUUGAAGCCAAGAGGAUUAGAUUGAAUAUUAUAGCAAUAGGAUCUUUCUUUUUUUUUCCCCUCUUUCAAUGAUCUACCUCAAGGAAAGAAAAGGAUAAAACACAAAAACUUUUGG